UCUGAACCGAAGUAGAAUAUGGCGAAUUAGACGUCAGAUUGACAUCUUCCUAUCGCAACGAAAAAUAUGUCAACAAUCGUGUUUUGAUUUUAACCUCUGCUUUAUUUUAAGAGAAAUAACAAUUUUCAUAAGUUACAUUUCACAUAUGUGAUAAGAGAAACGUAAAGAUCUAUCAAAAUGAAAAUUGUAUCCAUUAUAAGAACAAAUUGGAAGAAAACUGUCUUCGGUUUGGGAUUGGGGGCCUACGCAAUAAACUAUGGACUAGAGAUGUACCAAAUAUCUUCCUUGAUGAGAGCGUACAGCGAAAAGGCAGCUAUAUAUGGAGAUCACAUUGGUGUAUAUCCCAGAAAGCUCAUUGUUAUUUUAAAUCCUGCUGCAAACAAUAAGAAGGCAGAAAAAACUUUCUCAAAAUACUGUGAGCCUAUUUUACAUUUGGCGGGAUUUACUGUGGACAUAGUUCGGACCGAUUCGGAAGGAUAUGCGAAAAGCUUUGUUGAGCAACUUAAAUCAGCACCAUACGGGAUUGUUGUAGCGGGUGGAGAUGGUUCGGUCUCCGAAGUUCUAACAGGGUUAAUGCGGAGAAAUGUAGACCGUUGCCCAAUUGCACUUUUACCACUAGGAACCAAAAAUGAAACAACCAAGAAAGUCUUAAAUUUAAACUGGUCCUCGAAGAUAAGUGAAGUUGAAGCACUUCUGAAUGCCUCCUUGAAUAUCGCACGUGAAAGGCUUGAAAGGAAGAGCAUAUUCAAAAUUGAUCCAAUUCUGACAGAAAAUGAUGGCCAACAGGCAAGCAAGCCUAUUUUUUCCAUGGGAUCAAUAGAAUGGGGUAUUUAUCACGAUAUAAAAUCUAUGGAGGACAAAUAUUGGUAUCUUUGGAAAGCAGAUAAAUAUUUGUCUGCUCUAUUGAAUUUAUUCAAUGACAAAUUAUCGUGGGACUGUAAAGCAGAUCUUAGUUUUACACCGCCUUGUAUAGGAUGCACAAACUGUUUGGUUUCGAACGAAGUCGCAAUAUCUAACGGAUCAAUAUUUUCACGAUUAUUUUCUAGAAGACCUACAUCGAAUGUCAAUGCAAUUGCUCCUACAUCCGACGUUCAAUGUGAAAAACACAGUAAACAAUUGAAUGCAAGUAACGUCCGGAUUUAUGUUGAUGAAUCAUCUAACAGCAGUAAACUGGUUUUGGAAUCAGAUGAAAAUAUGAAAACAGGAUUUGACGCAUUUUUCAAGUACUUGUCGAAAGAUAAAGUGUUUGAGCUUAUAAAAUUUCGUACAAUGAAUUUCAUUCCGGACGAGAAUUGUGUAGGCCCUUCGAAAUUGUAUUCUAUAGACGGCGAAGCAUACGAUGUUCGUCCCAUUAAGGUAACGUUAGUUCCAAAGGCUAUUGAAAUAUUCAGUUAAAAGUAAAUAAAUUAACGUUAUAAAUUGUUCCAAAUGA